CUACAUCUGGGAUACCACUCGUAGUCCUCAGAGAGGGGGAAGUAACUUAACAAAGAACUCUGAGAGUGCAGCAGACUGGUUGGUCUGCUGGAGAAUCCUGGGCUAAGUUAACUUGUUUAGUCAUUCCUGCAGAGCUCAUGGAGUGAUAGAAAAAACAGGUGGGACAGGGGGAAAAUAAGUGAAUUAACUGCUCAAGUUCCAGCUGCAUAUGCUUAGGUUCCUCACAGGAAUUUGUGGUGUAAAAGAGCACACAACAUGGUGCAGAUCAUCACCUGGAUGAGUUUACUUUCCUUUUUUCUGUAUGUCUUCAGUGGGAAAGCUGAAAUGUACAGGGGCUACAGACAAAUAGCCUCAGGUAACCAACCUGGAAUGUGUCGCUAUGGAGUCAGGUGGGAGUGCUGCUAUGGCUGGAGGAAGAACAGCAAAGGCCACUGUGAAGCUUUCUGUGAACAUGGCUGCAAGCAUGGGGAAUGCGUCAGCCCCAACAAAUGCAAAUGCCUCCCUGGAUUUACUGGAAAAACAUGCAAUCAAGAUCUCAAUGAAUGUGGGCUGAAGCCUCGUCCCUGUGAGCACAGAUGCAUGAACACCCAUGGCAGCUACAAGUGCUACUGCCUCAAUGGUUACAUGCUGAUGGUCGAUGGUUCAUGUGCCAAUUCCAGGACAUGCUCCAUGACACAUUGUCAGUAUGGCUGUGAGGAAGUGAAAGGAGAAGUGCGUUGUCUGUGUCCUUCCACAGGCCUGCAGCUGGGGCCAGAUGGGAGAACCUGCACUGAUGUCGACGAAUGUUCAGCAGGCAAAGCUGUUUGCCCUUUUAACAGAAGAUGCGUGAACACAUUCGGGAGCUACUACUGCAAGUGCCAGAUUGGUUAUGACCUUAAAUAUGUUGAUGGCAAAUAUGAUUGUGUAGACACUGAUGAAUGUGCCACCAGCACCCACAAGUGCAGCGUCAACGCCAAGUGCCUGAAUACCCAGGGAUCAUAUAAGUGUAAAUGCAAACACGGCUUCAGGGGUAGUGGAUUUGAUUGCUCUGUCAAACCUUUUUUCCAAAACUCAUGGGAUGGAGCAAAGGGCAGUGGUGAUGAGUUCCUCAAUGCUGUUCCAGACAACUCAUUCAAUGACAGUCCAAGGAUACUAGGCAGUGGCAAGGAUUCAAUUAACAAGCUGCUGAUUAACAAAGGCAGUAAACUUGGCAGUGAAGAGAUCCGGAACGUCAUCCCUGAGCCGAAGGUCACUUUUCCUCCACAAAUUCCACAGCAGCCAUUUGACUAUGAGGAUGGGGUUUACAUUGGCGGGGCUAUUGAUGAGGAUGUGGAAGAUAACGGUGAGGACAACGAUGACCUUGAGAACCAGAUUGAAAGCAAGGAGAUCAGUACCAGAGGAGAUGUGUUCAUCCCUGAUGACUAUGAGUCUGUUAUUGGUCCCCUCACAAUUGUGAAAGAAGCCCCAGCUUUGCUGUCAACACAUGAAGAGUUCAUUAUUGACUGCAGUUUUGAGCAAGGGGCUUGUGAAUGGGUUCAAGACACAGAAGAUGACUUUGACUGGAAUGUUGCAGAUCAUGAUAAUGGAUUAGGAUAUUACAUGGCAGUUCCCGGGUUUGUUGGAGAACGGAAGGAUGUCAGCCGCCUGAAACUUCUCCUUAAUGACCCUGCACCAAAUGAUGAAUUUUGUUUGACUUUCAACUACCGCUUGAUUGGAGACAGGAUGGGCAAACUUAGAGUGCUCCUCGAUAACAACAGCUCUCCUAUCUGGGAGCAGAACAGGAGCCGCGGAGAUGGCUGGCAAACCGAACUAGUGACAGUAUCCCAGGCUGAAAGAACACCUAAGAAUAUUAUCUUUGAAGCUGAGCGUGGGAAAGGCAGGGCAGGAGAGAUUGGAUUGGACAAUGUUGUGUUGACGUCUGGUUCUUGUCAAGAAGAUGAUUCAGAAAUGUUUUAAGCUAUUAUAUACUGUAAUUUACACAGGUGAAAAAAAAUCAGGUUAUCCUUUAGGAAUUUAUAUACCUGAAGGGCAGAACCUUAAUUUGAAGUUCUCAGUCUUAAUGAUAUUACAGGUAAUUAAAAAAAAACAACCUGUUUACAUGUCUUUUUGUAAAAACAUGAUUGAUUAUGUAUCACUACUCUACUGUAUUUCUAGACCGAAGGGUAUGGUUUCCAUAUUUUGCGCCAUAUAUUAUGCAGUGUAACACUAUAGGAUGGAUGGGAGUAGUUUGUAUCCGCUUUAUUUAGGACUCUAUGCAAUGUUCCCAUGACAGUUUGUUUGUCAGAUAUCAAUACAUCUUGAUUUAAAAAAAAAUAAAAAAUUAACAAACUUUUAUCUAUCGCAAUUAAAAUCAUUGUGCUACAUUACUUGGCAAGUUAUCAUUACCAAGGUGUUCCGUGGAGCCAUAUUCUUAGAACAUUUUGGUGUCAGUAAUUGCUAUGAACUUCUAGGCAUUAACUGUCACACUAAUGCCUAUUGAAUAUAAUUUUGAAACAAUGUAGUUGUUGGUAUUAUACAUACAGUAGUUCAGUGUUUAUAAUGCCUAUUACUGUUCUCCAGUACUGUACCCUUUACUAAAACUGACAGUUUGAUACAAUAUAUUUACAAAAAAAUAAUCAUAUCAUUGAAUAAUGAUGUACUGGUUAUUAUGAACACAAAAAUGUAGUACAAAUAAGUACAGUAUUUAUCCAAAGUUGCCAAGCAAAGUCUAUAAAAUAUCUCUAGGAUCUGUUUGUCUUUAGUUUUAUCUUAAAGAUGUCAUUCUUUGUCUAAGCACAACUCAAUGGCUGUAAAUUUUGCUUUCCUAUAAAUGUUUUCAUGUG